ACCUUCCAAUCCAAAUCAAGAUUUUAACCCUCAUCCUAGUAAUUUACAGCUGCGAACGAUGUCAGGCCGUGGAAAGGGAGGCAAAGGGCUGGGCAAGGGAGGAGCAAAGCGGCAUCGGAAAGUUCUCCGGGACAACAUUCAGGGUAUCACUAAGCCGGCGAUAAGAAGAUUGGCUAGGAGAGGAGGUGUGAAGAGAAUCAGUGGGCUGAUCUACGAAGAAACCAGAGGCGUUCUGAAGAUAUUUUUGGAGAACGUGAUUCGCGAUGCGGUGACGUACACUGAGCACGCCAGGAGGAAGACCGUGACCGCCAUGGACGUGGUUUACGCCCUCAAAAGGCAGGGAAGGACUCUUUACGGCUUCGGUGCUUCUGAGUUUUGCCAUUUCUUGUCUCAAUCAGUAGCUAUUACUGGCUGCAAGGGGCUCGGCAAGGGAGGAGCAAAGCGUCAUCGGAAAGUUCUCCGUGAUAACAUUCAGGGCAUCACGAAGCCGGCGAUCCGGCGUCUGGCUAGAAGAGGUGGGGUGAAGAGAAUCAGUGGGUUGAUCUACGAGGAGACCAGAGGCGUUCUGAAGAUCUUCUUGGAGAACGUCAUCCGUGAUGCUGUGACUUACACUGAGCACGCUAGGCGGAAGACGGUGACCGCCAUGGAUGUGGUUUACGCCCUCAAGAGGCAGGGAAGGACUCUAUACGGAUCCCCCUGUGAGGACAGGGAAGGAGGAGCUGAAACCAUAUCGGUUGAAUCGACUGUUAACAUCUUUGUUUCAAGGUUCUCAAAAACGGAGAAAUUUUGUUUGCGCUUUAUUGGGGUAUUUCUUUUUUUCUGUUUGGUCACUGAGAAACGGCAGGCAGGCAGGCGAAGGAAUUUAGUAUACGGUGUCGUUUUAUCCGCAGUUUGUCUUCUCGCCCAUGUACGGUGUACAAUGUCAGGUCGUGGAAAAGGAGGCAAGGGGCUCGGUAAGGGAGGAGCGAAGCGUCAUCGGAAAGUUCUCCGUGAUAACAUUCAGGGAAUCACUAAGCCGGCUAUCCGGCGUCUUGCGAGAAGAGGUGGAGUGAAGAGAAUCAGCGGGUUGAUCUACGAGGAGACCAGAGGCGUUUUGAAGAUCUUCUUGGAGAACGUUAUUCGCGAUGCUGUGACGUACACUGAGCACGCCAGGCGGAAGACGGUGACCGCCAUGGAUGUUGUUUACGCCCUUAAGAGGCAGGGAAGGACUCUGUACGGGUUCGGUGGUUAAGAUUCAUGUAAUUGAAUUUACGCCGUCUUUGGCCAUAGUAUUGCCGUUUUUGUCGAAAUUCACCAUCUGAAUUUCGUCAAUUUUUUUUUUCUUCUUCUUAGUUUUGUUUAGGGUUUGUGAUGUGUAGAUGAUGUCUUCAAAUGGCUAAGAACUGCAGUUCUUUUAACAGGAAAAGACUUGCUACGUCCUCCUAUCUGACUUGCAUGAUCUUGAUUUCCCUGGCUUGCAGCUAAAUUGUCAGAGCCCUUGUGUGGCAAUGGAACGGGAGGAUCUGAAUCGAUGUCGAUUAAUCGACUGUUAGCAUGAAUGUGAAAUAUUUGUUUUCAUUUUAUUGACAAAAUGAAAGUAUAUGAUCUCUUAUUGAAUGUCAA